UGGGGCGGUCGAUUGGCUGGCUCGCGGUGGAAGACAUGGCGUGAGACAAAGGCGGGAUUUAUAAACGCUCCGGAAAGGAGUCGAACGCGCGCUUCUGAGCUGGAAGGGGCUUGGCGUUUUCUGUCAGGAGGAGCGCUUGUAUCCCUUCGGGGAUCAGGAACUGCAUUUUCUCACUUAUGGUUGUUCAGUUUCGUGCCUUCCAGAACCGUUGAGAAAUCCCCAACAGCCUUGCCAACGGCCGGGAGUUACGCCAAUGGUGGUGGUGAUUUGGAGGGCGCCAGGCUGGGGAAGGCUGUGCUGCAGGCAGGGCAAGCGAUACAGAGGCAGGGCGGCUUUUGAUUUCUACAUCACUGCAGUCUAAUCAAACUCUUGGUGUCUUGCAAGUAAGGUCUGGACUGAAGACCAGCUAUGGAGAAAUGGAGCUUAAUCACAAUUACUGUAUUACUUGGACUUACUGUCCGUUGGACUGUGUCACUUGGUCCUUAUUCAGGUGCAGGAAAACCACCCAUGUAUGGAGACUAUGAAGCUCAAAGACACUGGCAAGAAGUUACUUACAAUCUGCCAGUCAAACAGUGGUACUUUAACACCAGUGACAAUAAUUUACAAUACUGGGGCCUUGACUACCCACCUCUUACUGCUUAUCACAGUCUUCUGUGUGCUUAUGUGGCAAAGUUAAUAAAUCCAGGUUGGAUUACGCUGCAUACAUCUCAUGGGUAUGAGAGUCAGUCACACAAGUUAUUCAUGCGUGCAUCAGUUCUUGUUGCUGAUUUGCUAGUUUAUGUUCCUGCAGUAAUUUUAUACUGCUGUUAUUUAAAAGAGACAUCGGUGAAAAAGAAGAUUUCUAGUGCUCUCUGCACAUUGCUUUAUCCAGGUCUCAUUCUGAUUGACUAUGGACAUUUUCAAUAUAAUUCUGUGAGUCUUGGUUUUGCUUUGUGGGGAGUGCUGUUUCUCUCUUAUGACUUUGACCUUUCGGGCUCAAUAGCGUUUUGUUUAGCUAUAAACUACAAACAAAUGGAGCUCUACCAUGCUCUGCCCUUCUUCUGCUACCUGCUGGGAAAGUGCUUCAAAAAAGGCCUGAUGGGCAAGGGGUUAUGGUUGUUGAUGAAACUGGCUUUUAUUGUCAUUCUUUCUUUUGCUGUCUGCUGGUUCCCAUUUUGUACAGACAUUGAACAAAUUUUGCAAGUGCUCAGAAGGCUCUUUCCAGUAGAUCGAGGUUUGUUUGAGGAUAAAGUAGCCAAUAUUUGGUGCACUAUAAGCGUCCUUUUCAAAAUAAAGACAUUCCUGACAACAGAAAUACAACUUAAAUUAAGUUUUGCUUUAACAUUCCUGACCGUACUUCCCAGUUGCAUAAAACUGACUCUGCAACCUUCUCUCAGAGGAUUCAAAUAUGGCUUGGUUUGCUGUGCAUUGUCUUUCUUUCUCUUCUCAUUCCAAGUGCAUGAAAAAUCUAUUCUUCUUGUUUCAAUACCAGUCUGCUUAGUUAUACAUGAAAUUCCUUUUAUGUCUACAUGGUUCCUUCUAGUUUCAACUUUCAGCAUGCUUCCCCUUCUAUUAAAGGAUGGCCUUCUUUUGUCUUACACUGUAACAAUGUUGGCUUUUCUCAUGGUGUGUACAACUUCUUUUUCAAUAUUUGAAAAAACAUCUGAAGAAGAUCUGCAGCUAAAAAGACUUUCCACUUCCAUAAGAAGAUACAUUCCUUGGUUUAAGACAUUUUCAAAAGUUAUGAAGAGUUUAUUCUUCAUUUCAGUAACUCUGAUGGGCAUCCUGACUCUGAUCAGCGCUACGAUGGAACCUCCAAAGCGACUCCCAGAUUUAUUUCCACUAGCUGUCUCUGUUGUAUCCUGCUUGCACUUUCUCUUUUUCUUACUGUAUUUUAACAUCAUUGCAAUGUGGGAAUCAAAAGAUGGCCGAAACCAGAAAAAAAUAAGUUAGUUAGAAGUGCCAGCUUGGAAAACUAAUGGCUCUUAUUGGGGGCACACCAUUAAUAUUUCCAUAGACCUUUGUCUUAAAGUGUUCUAUAAUGGAGUGUAAUUUUUUUUUGUAAUUUCAUGUAUUUUCUAAGAAAACCCAGAUGAAAAUAUUUACAUGUCAAUAUGUGCUGUUUCACAAGAGAUUUGUGCUUACUGCGCUUUUCUGCGCAGUAAAAAAGAGGCAGAACACUUGACAACUCAUUCAAAAUAAAUCUUGAAAAUAAGAAGCAUCUUAGCAAUCUGUGCGAGUUUAUUUUAAACAGAUAUAACACCCAAAUAAUUUAAUAAUGUUAUGAGUGAAUUGGUUUAAUGAACUUCCCAAAAUAAAACAUGUUGAAGUUACUGAUUGUAUGUUACAGUAAUCACUCAUGACUAUUGCUACUAAAUGCUGUCUCUUACAGUAUAUUUGAUUACAUACAAUAAACUUCCUUAUACUAAAUUUCAGUAUCCUCUCUAUUACAUGCUUAAAAUCAUCAAAGUUAGUAAUCAUGAUUCAGUGUCAUGGUUCAUGCUUUCCUGACAGUCUCAUUUCAGUAUUAACCUCUGUAGUAUUUGAAGGCCCUAACAAGAGUUAUGGCUAAUAUUUUUCAUAUAUCAACACGUAAACCUGGAGAUCUACACACACACACACACACACAUCAGGAUAGUGUCAUGAUGGUUCAGAUGUUGGAUUAGGAGUAGGAAACCUGGGUUCUAGUCCUCCCUUAGGCCCAGAAGCUGGUUGGGUAAUUUUGGGCCAGUCACGCUUUCUCUUCCUUUGGAAAGCUGAAAAACAUCUAUCUACCAGUGUGCUGGACUAGCACGGUAGAUUAUGUAGAGUAUGGUCCAUAGCCUUUAAUGAAGAGGCCUUUGUCCUUCAGUAGACUGAGAGAGAAAGAGAACCUCAGUUCAGCACUAAAACAAGAAUGCUUAAUUAAUAGAUCACUGAGAGAAGCUCAAAUCAGGCUGCAAAAUCAGGUUGUUUUGUAAAUCCUCUUGUAAUGGACUUGACUUUUCAUGGUGUGGCUGAUUGAAGGGGUCUUUGGAAUACAAGGCUCUAACAAAAAAAUUGUUUCUUUGAUUUUUUUUUAUUAUCUUACAAGUUCUGACUAAUGGAACACUUAAAAUAAUUUUGCAUUUCUGUUAUAUAUGCAUAUCCUCAAUAGAGAUGCAAGUAAGUAAAUCUUCUUAGCCAAAGAUCCAUGUUCAGUUGAGCUUGGGUAUCAUUCUCUCUUUCUCUUCCCUUUUUCUUAUUGUAUAGGUAUGUAUGUAUGCUUGCUUGUUUGUUAGCUUGCCCUAGGCUUUAGAUCAUAAUUCUCGGAUGUAUGUAAACUUGUAAGUUCUGAGGAAAUGGAUAGGGUUCUCUGACAUCAGCUCCACCACCUGUAGUCUGGAUCCCUAGCAUUUCUAAUUGGUAAAAGUGACCAGGUAACUGAUUAGGGGCUGGGUUGAGGUACAGUAACGGAAAAUGCAUAUUUGCAGUGGUUCUCUUCCUUCCUAAAGGGUUAGUUUCAUUUAGUAGUGGUAGGAGGGAGAUAUUGUUUUAAUGGUGCCGUAGGGCUUGAUGGUCUACCUCUGUUUAACACCUGCAUGAAGCCACAGAGUGAAGUAUCAUCAGUCUGCACAUGGUAGUCCACUUACUGUAUAUCUUGACCCCAGGCCAAAUAGAUGAUGUCAUCAAAGUGUUAUUCUGAUGCCUGGAGACUGCUAGGAACUGGAUGGGGAGGAACAGCCUCAAUUCCAGCAAGACAAAAUAGCUUUAGUUUCAGUAUUUAUCCAAUUGCAGAGAAAUUUCUUCUUUAGUUCUGGGCAGGGUCACGCUCCCCUGUAUGGAACUAUCCCAUAAUUUGGGAACCCUCCUUGACUCACAGCUCUGUUUGAUGAGGGGUGCCAGUCGUGGUUAGAAAGGCACUUAUACAGCUCCAUCUGGUGCCCCAGUUGUGACUCAUCCUAGAGUGGGAGAAUUUCUAAAAUCACUUCUGGCUUGCACUAUUGCAAUGUGGUCUUCAUGGGGUGUCCUUGAAAAGAAGCUAUAAACUGGUCCAGAAUGCAGAGGCUCAAGUAGUAUUGACUAUCCAGUAAGAUCUGAUACAGCGGGCUCUCUUUAUUCCUUUUCUCAGGAAAGGUAAUUAACAGGGAUCAGGGAACCAAGACUUCUUGAUGGCUGGCAUCUUUCUGUGGAACAGAUUUCCUCUGGGUAUCCAAGUGGCACCUAUGCUAUUGUUUUUUUAGGAAACCAGUUAAAACUUGGUUGUUCCAGAAAGCCUUGGGGGUUGAGAAAUUUGUUAUUUCCUCUAGCAUUGGAGUGUUCGAUUAAUCUAAUUGAUAUGUGUAUAUAUGCUUGUUUUUUUUAUUAUUGUAACAUCGAUAUUUUUCUUUUAAUUGGAUUUCUGCAUGUUGGAUACUUAGCCUGCUCAGAGGCAUCAAUGAUGAGUAUACCUGUUAUUAAAAGUAAAGUUGCCACAGAUCAAGUGUACUUAAAUGCAUUAAAUUAAAGCAAAUUUGUAUGAUCCACCAUGAAGGAUGCCUUAUGUAAAUGGGCCAGUCAUGCAAGACUGAUUUUCACUGAUGUCCCAGAUCCAUUCUCAGCCUGUACUAGCAAUUCAAGCACUAUUCCAAGGAUUGCCAGACCCCAGGUUUGAGUUGGGAAGCUGGACUACAGCAUAGAGGAGCCUAGCCCAGAUCUUGCCUUGCUGCCUAGUUUUUAUCCACAAACAAAGGCUUUUAGUUUAGGCGGAUGCAUGUUAUAGUACUUCAGAAGAGUAUGUAGAUGGGCAUAUAUUGAUAAUCUCGUCAUUCUGCCCAAGUACUUAUUUUGGUUAAUUUCUUCAGGGUAGGAAAGUGUGCACAGCAAGCACUUUUGGUGACAAAGUACUAGUGUCAUGUUUCUAUUAUCUAUUAUCCUAUUCUAUCCUUUUCCUCAUGCAGUAAUCAGAGAUCAACAGCAAGUAUUCUUCAGCAUAGAAAAACAUUAGUUUUAUGUGUAUUUGUCCUUCUGAUGGCCUUCAAUACAGUGAGAGUUAUCUGAUAUACCUUAUGUAGAAAAAUGAAAUGGUUCUUAACAUACCCAGCUAUUAUUGAAAAGGGGAAAAGCUUAGAACUGGUAACCAUGAUGCUUUACUAGACUAAGGUUGAAAUCCUUUGGAAACCUGUACGGAAGUAAAUUCCACCAAAAUCAGUUAGACUUAACUUGUAAUUAAGCAUAUUUAGAGUUAGCUAUGAUGUAUACUAAAGUUCUGUCACAACUUAAAGGAUGUAAUACAUUAAACUCCUUGAAAUUAUGUUGUCAUAAAUGAUUAGCAAUUACCUUUUAUGAAUAAUCCCCCUUUCCUGCUUUUAAAACUAUGAUCAACCUCGUCCUUCAGUGCAUAUUUUGAUAUACAUACAUUUCAGUAGAAAACUAUCUUCUUAACACUGAAAUGUCAAAAUGAAAACAACUGGUAACUGAAAAAUUAUUAAAUAAA